CAUAGGUCAGAUGAUCAACCACUGAACCACACUGGCUGGGGAUUCCUAUUAGAUAUCAAUUUCAAUUUUUACCUAUAAUUCUUGCUUAUAUAUCAUUCUGAAUUUUAUCUCCCAAAAUAAUAUACACUACCUUUUUUCCUUUUCUAUAUUUAAAAUGCUCUCUAUAUUAGAUCCUAGCUUUAUCUAGUGAGGUCUCAUUCAUGAUCCUCCAGGCCAAAGGAAUGUGGCUGAGUCAUCAAGAGAAAAUGUCCAUGGAGAUCCGCUCAUUUCAGCUUGGUUUUCAGGGUCAAGUGGAAGUUAGGAAUAUCUCCAAGAUGAGCCAUCUUAAUUUGGAGCAUCUAUUGAUGUUCAGAGUGGUUAAUAUGCUUUGUUUUCCUUUUUAGAUCACCCUUUUAUGUGUGGCCAUAAUUAUAGUGGAAUCCCCUGGAUAUAUUUUACUGUUUUUUCAUCAACUUUUUCGUACCACACAUCACAAUAGUUGGCUGUAUCAUCUUACCUUUUUAUCUUUUCAUGUUUUCUACAUAUGAGGGAGAGCCCUUUGUGAUAUUCAUAUUUCCUUUCCUUCAAGUUAUCAUCUUGAUUUUUAUUCUUCGAUGUCUGGAAUGGAAGUUUGGAAAGAUAUCGAUGAGAAAGGAUCCCUUAUUUCGAAUUUCUCCAAGAAGCAGUGAUGUACACCAAAAUCCAGAGGAGCCCGAGAGGGAGGAUGAAGAUGUUGAGCUGGAAAGAGUGAGAACAGCAAAUGCCUUGAAUUCCACAAACUUUGACGAGAGACCAGCCAUUAUUGCCAGCUGUCUACGCAAGGAGUACACAGUGAGGAGGAAACACUGCUUUUCCAAGAAGAAGAAGAAAAUCGCCACAAGGAAUGUCUCUUUCUGUGUCAGAAAAGGUGAGGUUUUAGGAUUACUAGGACACAAUGGAGCUGGUAAAAGUACAUCCAUUAAAGUGAUAACUGGAGACACCAAACCAACUGCUGGACAGGUGCUACUAAAAGGCAGCAGCGAAGGGGACCCUCUGGGGUUCCUGGGGUACUGUCCUCAGGAGAAGGGGCUGUGGCCCAACCUGACAGUGAGGCAGCACCUGGACGUGUUCGCUGCGGUGAGAGGGCUGAGGAAAGCAGAUGCCACAGUCGCCAUCACACGGUUGGUGGAGGCGCUCAAGCUGCAGGAGGAGCAGAAGCGCCCUGUGAAGGCCUUGUCAGAGGGAAUCAAGAGAAAGCUGUGCUUCGCGCUGAGCAUCCUGGGAAACCCAUCGGUGGUGCUGCUGGACGAGCCGUCCACGGGCAUGGACCCCUCGGGGCAGCAGCAGAUGUGGUGA